AUGGACUUUGAAUUGGAACCCACCCUCGAAUCGAUCGUCAACCAGGACACCCUCAAGUGGAUCUUUGUCGGGGGCAAAGGUGGGGUCGGCAAGACGACGACGUCGUCGCUGAUCGCCGUGCAACUCGCGUUGGCCCACCCCAACGACGACUUCCUCUUGAUCUCGACCGACCCCGCCCACAAUUUGUCCGACGCCUUUUGCCAGAAGUUCGGUAAGGACGCCCGUAAAGUGGACGGGUUGCCCAACUUGCUGUGUAUGGAGAUCGAUCCUGACGCCGCCAUGACCGACUUGCAACUGCAGGCCCAGCAGUACAACAACGACCCCAACGACCCGUUGAAGCUGAUGAUGACCGACAUGACGGGGUCCAUCCCCGGUAUCGACGAGGCGUUGUCGUUUAUGGAAGUUUUAAAGCACAUUAAGAAGCAGAAGAAAGAGGAGGACGACACGCUGGACUCGAUCGCCUACCGCACCAUCAUCUUCGACACCGCGCCUACAGGGCACACGUUGCGUUUCCUCCAGUUGCCGUCGACCCUCCAGAAGUUGUUGACCAAGUUCCAGCUGUUGUCGGGCAAGUUUGGCCCCAUGCUCAACAUGCUCGGCGGCGGCGGUAAUGGUGGCGACUUGUUUGAGAAGUUGAACGAAGUGCAAAAGAACGUUGAAGAAGUCAACGAGCAGUUUACCAACCCCGACUUGACCACGUUUGUGUGUGUAUGCAUCUCGGAAUUCUUGUCGCUCUACGAGACCGAGCGGAUGAUCCAGGAACUCAUGCUGUACCAGAUGGACGUCAACACCAUCGUCGUCAACCAGUUGUUGUUCGCUGACGACGACGACCACCCGUGCACCCGGUGCGUGGCGAGAUGGAAGAUGCAGAAGAAAUACUUGGACCAGAUGGCCGAGUUGUACGAAGACUACCACCUCGUGAAGAUGCCGUUGUUGGGCGGCGAAAUCAGAGGACUCGACAACUUGAAGAAGUUCUCCAAGUUCUUGCUCAAGCCCUACGACCCCAAGACCGACAACCACGUCGUCACCGAAAUCGAAGAGAAGUAA